UCGGGAAGCGAGCAGAUGCUCUUUUUCAAUCAGAGAAGCUGACGGAGUCUGAUCCUAAACCGAGCCUGUACCGGGUUUAACACAGCGGAAUACAGCAAAUGAGCAGGAGGAGCAGAUCUUCAGGUGUGUCCUUGUGAGAAGCUGGAGAGCGCAGCGUGAGGAGGACCUGAGUGAAGAUGUCCAUCUCCACUCAGCUGAGGCUGCUGCUGUGGAAGAAUUUCACCUACAGAAGAAGACAAACGCUCCAGCUGCUGAUUGAGAUAGUGUGGCCUCUCUUCAUCUUCUUCAUCUUGAUCGCAGUGAGAUUGAACUACCCCCCAUAUGAGCAGCAUGAAUGUCACUUUCCCAACAAAGCCAUGCCCUCAGCAGGCACCCUGCCAUGGAUCCAGGGCAUUGUCUGCAACGCCAACAACCCAUGCUUCCGCCACCCUACCCCUGGAGAAUCCCCUGGCGUAGUCGGCAACUUCAACGAUUCUAUAAUAUCACGCCUUUUUUCUGAUGCCAAGAAAAUCCUACUGUACAGUCAGAAUGACAAGAGUCUGGAUGGGUUUAAGGAGCUAAUCCAUGCAGUGAAAGCUCUGCAGAACAACACGUCAGGUUUCAAGCUUAAAGAUUUCCUCAAUGACAACGAGACCCUGUCCACAUUCCUCAUACAGAACGCCUCCUUCUCCGAAAAUUAUGUUCAGGACAUUCUGAAGGCAGAUGUGAACUUGGAAAAGGUAUUAACCAAAGGCUUUGGAGUACAUUUGAGAGAUAUGUGCAACACAACACUCUUGGAGGACUUUGUAAACAUCACAAACAAGAAGGUGGCAAAGCUGACUCAGGAAAGCAUCUGCAGCUCCUCGAAGACCUGGCUAAACCAGGCUGAAAGACACUUCAUGGCCAACCUGGACUUCUUCAAGCCUUUAAGGGAUGCCAAAAAGAUUUCUAAGUCAAGGUCUGAUUCCAGGCCAGAAACCAGAGAGGCCCGUAAAGUUGCUAAAGCUGCAGACAACCUUCUGGAAAACCUGGGAUCUUUGGCCGUGGAGCUGGCCAGCAUGCGGAGUUGGAGCGACCUGCGAAAUGAGAUCCUCUUCCUGACCAGGAAUGCAACUGGUUCCCCCAGCCAGAUGUACCAAGCUGUGUCUAGAAUAGUUUGUGGACAUCCUGAAGGUGGCGGACUCAAAAUCAAGUCCCUGAACUGGUACGAGGACAGCAACUACAAAGCUCUGUUCGGGAACUACAACAGCAGCGAUGAGGAGCCUGUUUCAGUCUAUGACAACACAUCCACUCCCUUCUGUAACAACCUUAUGAAAAACAUGGAGACAAACCCAAUCUCCCGCAUGAUCUGGAGAGCUCUGAAACCUCUGCUUAUGGGGAAGAUCCUGUACACCCCUCACACACCUGCCACCCACAAGAUCAUCAAAGAGGUCAACAGGACAUUUCAGGAGUUGGGUGUCCUCCGAGAUCUCGGGGGAAUGUGGGAGGAGACUAGACCCAAAGCUUGGAAUUUCAUGGAGCACAGUGAGGAGAUGGACCUUUUGAGGACUUUACUACAGAACAACGUCACAGCCGCCUUCUUCAGUGCCCAGCUGACUGGCACUCAGUGGAGUGUCCAGGAUGUUAUCAGCUUCCUGACCAAACAAUCAGAGGACACACGUCCGCAUGGGACAGCGUUCACGUGGAGAGAUGUCUUCAAUGAGACCGACCAGGCCAUUAUGAGCAUAUCCCGUUUCAUGGAGUGUGUAAACCUGGAUAAACUGGAGCCUGUGAGUACAGAGGAGAAGCUAAUUAACGAUUCUCUGGGUCUGCUGGACAACAGGAAGUUCUGGGCUGGGAUUAUUUUCCCUGACAUUCAAUCUAACAGCUCCGAACUUCCACCCCACGUCAACUAUAAGAUUCGGAUGGACAUCGACAAUGUGGAGCGCACCAACAAGAUCAAGGACGCGUACUGGGACCCAGGUCCUAGAGCUGACCCGUUUGAGGAUCUUCGGUAUGUUUGGGGCGGAUUCUCUUACCUGCAGGACGUAAUAGAGCAAAGCAUAAUCAGAGCAGUUACAGGAACCAAGGAGAAGACUGGAGUCUACAUCCAGCAGAUGCCUUACCCCUGCUAUGUGGAUGACAUUUUCUUGCGUGUGAUGAGUCGCUCCAUGCCUCUCUUCAUGACCCUCGCCUGGAUGUACUCUGUGGCCAUCAUUAUAAAAGGCGUGGUCUACGAGAAAGAAGCCCGCCUCAAGGAAACCAUGAGGAUUAUGGGAUUGGACAACGGGAUCCUGUGGUUCAGCUGGUUUAUCAGCAGCCUCAUCCCUCUACUCAUGAGUGCUGGACUGCUGGUGCUUCUGCUCAAGAUGGGCAACCUGCUCCCCUACAGUGACCCUGGGGUGGUCUUCCUCUUCUUGGGCUCCUUUGCUGUGGUCACCAUCAUGCAGUGUUUUCUCAUCAGCACAGUGUUCGCUCGGGCCAACCUGGCUGCUGCCUGUGGAGGAAUCAUCUACUUUACGCUCUACCUGCCCUAUGUGCUGUGCGUGGCCUGGCAGGAUUACAUUGGCCUCCCUGCCAAAGUCAUUGCUAGCCUGCUGUCCCCAGUGGCGUUUGGGUUUGGGUGUGAGUACUUUGCUCUGUUUGAGGAGCAGGGAGUGGGCAUCCAGUGGAAAAACCUCUUCUCCAGCCCAAUGGAGAAAGAUGACUACAGCCUCACCACCUCCAUUAUCAUAAUGUACGUUGACGCCUUCAUCUAUGGUGUAAUGACAUGGUACAUAGAGGCUGUGUUCCCUGGUCAGUAUGGCAUCCCCAGACCAUGGUACUUCCCAUUUACCAAGUCUUACUGGUUCGGAGAAGGAGACCAAAGGCCGACACCAAUUCUGAAAGGAAGAAAAGCAAAUUCAGGAGCUGUGUGCAUUGAGGAAGAGCCUACUCACCUUGAUAUGGGAGUAUACAUCGAGAACCUAGUUAAGGUUUACCGCCAUGGCAAAAAGCUGGCUGUGGAUGACUUAACGCUGGGAUUCUACGAGGGCCAGAUUACCUCCUUCCUGGGUCACAAUGGAGCAGGGAAAACUACCACCAUGUCCAUCCUGACUGGUCUGUUUCCACCAACCUCCGGCACAGCAUACAUCAUGGGAAAAGACAUCCGCUCAGAGCUGAGUGCCAUCCGGCAGAGUUUGGGAGUGUGCCCUCAGCACAAUGUCCUCUUCAGCAUGCUGACAGUGGAGGAGCAUGUGUGGUUCUAUGCACGUCUCAAAGGACUUUCUGAAGAAGAGGUGAAGGCUGAGAUCGACCAGAUUUUGUAUGAUACUGGACUUCCACAUAAACGCAAGUCCAGGACAUGUGAGCUCUCUGGUGGCAUGCAGAGGAAGCUCUCAGUGGCUCUUGCUUUUGUCGGAGGAUCAAAGGUCGUCAUUCUGGAUGAACCGACUGCUGGUGUGGACCCAUACGCUCGCAGAGGCAUCUGGGACCUCCUGCUGAAGUACCGCACAGGUCGCACUAUCAUUCUUUCCACUCAUCACAUGGAUGAAGCAGACAUCUUGGGUGACCGCAUUGCCAUCAUCUCUCAUGGAAAGCUGUGCUGUGUGGGCUCCUCUCUCUUCCUGAAGACCCAUCUGGGAACUGGAUACUACCUCACUUUGGUUAAGAAAGAACCGGAAGCUUCUCUCAGCUCCUGCAGGAACUCCAGCAGCACUGUGUCUUACGUCAAGAAGGAUGAUGAAGCCUCUGAGAGCAGUUCAGAUGCUGGACUGGGCAGCGAUCAUGAGAGUGAUGCUGCUACAGCUAUUGGCUCUUCAUGGACUGACUCACCUAUUGUUCCUGCAGACAUCUCUCUAAUCUCAGGUCUGAUCAUUAAGCAUGUCCCCAACGCACGCAUGGUGGAGGACUUGGGCCAUGAAAUCACCUACAUCCUCCCCUACGAAUCCGCCAAAGACGGAGCCUUUGUUGAACUCUUUCACGAUAUGGAUGAUCACCUUGCUGAUUUAGGCAUCUCUAGCUAUGGAGUUUCUGACACCACUCUUGAAGAGAUAUUCCUAAAAGUGGCAGAGGACAGUGGGGUUGAUACUGAAAUAUUGUCAGAUGGUACCUUCCCUAUACGCCGGCGCAGACGACAUGCUUUCGGAGCUGAUCACCAGAGCUGCCUUAAACCAUUGACUGAAGAUGACCGAUAUGAUGGCAAUGAAUCAGAAGUUGAUCCAGAGUCCAGAGAGACAGAUUACUUGAGUGGUUUGGAUGGUAAAGGCUCAUACCAGAUUCAGGGCUGGAGUCUGAAGAGACAGCAGUUCCUGGCCUUGCUGUGGAAGAGGUUCCUGUAUGCCCGUCGUUCUAGGAAAGGCUUUUUUGCACAGAUUGUUCUUCCUGCUGUAUUUGUGUGCAUUGCUCUGGUCUUCAGUCUUAUUGUUCCCCCAUUCGGAAAAUACCCCAGCCUUGCCCUUCAGCCUUGGAUGUAUGAGGAUCAGGUCACUUUUAUUAGCAAUGAUGCACCUGAAGAUGCCAGCACACAAAGAUUACUUGCUGCUCUAAUGGAAGGCCCUGGCUUUGGAACACGCUGCAUGGAAGGAGAGCCAAUUCCAGAUGCUCCGUGCACUAUAGGCGAUGAUGACUGGUCCAUACCUGAGGUUCCAGAAAGUGUGCUGGAAGUGUUAAUGUCGCAAAACUGGACCAUGGACAAUCCCUCGCCAGCGUGCGAGUGCAGCAGUGACGGCAAGAAAAAGAUGCUCCCAGAAUGCCCUGCCAGUGCUGGAGGACUGCCACCUCCACAGAUUAAGAUCAGCGAGAGGGACACCCUCCAAAAUCUGACUGGAAGAAACAUCUCUGAUUACCUUGUGAAGACAUACGCUCAGAUCAUUGGCAAAAGUUUGAAGAACAAGGUCUGGGUGAACGAGUUCAGAUAUGGAGGUUUCUCACUGGGUGCUAGAAGUACUCAGGUUCUUCCACCUGCUGAGGAGAUUGAUGAUGCCAUUGCUCGAGUGAGGGUAAUCUUUAACUUAGAAAAGAACUCUGGGACAGCAGCUGAUCGCUUCUUAAAGAGUCUUUCUGCUUUCAUCAAUGGCCUGGACACCAAAAAUAAUGUGAAGAUCUGGUUCAAUAACAAGGGCUGGCAUAGUAUCGGAGCUUUCCUCAAUGUGAUGAACAAUGGUAUCCUACGUGCCAAUCUGCCCCCGGAAAAGGAUCCAAGUAAAUAUGGCAUAACAGCCUUCAACCACCCUUUGAACCUUACCAAAGAGCAGCUCUCCCAGGUUGCACUGGUCACCACUUCAGUGGACGUGCUGGUGUCCAUCUGUGUGAUUUUUGCCAUGUCCUUCGUUCCUGCCAGCUUCGUAGUCUUCCUCAUCCAAGAGCGUGUGAACAAAGCCAAGCACAUGCAGUUCAUCAGUGGUGUACAGCCGUUCCUGUACUGGCUGGCCAACUUCAUCUGGGAUAUGUGCAAUUAUGUUGUGCCAGCAACCCUGGUCAUCCUCAUCUUUGUGUGCUUCCAACAAAAAGCCUAUGUCUCUGCAACCAACCUUCCUGUGCUGGCCCUGUUGUUGCUUUUGUAUGGGUGGUCCAUCACUCCUCUGAUGUACCCAGCCUCGUUCCUAUUUGAAAUCCCCAGCACUGCUUACGUCGUCCUCACCAGUGUCAACAUCCUGAUCGGCAUAAAUGGGAGCGUAUCCACUUUUGUAUUGGAGCUGUUUGGUAACAAUGAGAUUGGUGGCAUCAAUGAUAUUUUGAAAAAUGUGCUCCUGAUCUUCCCUCACUUCUGUCUGGGCCGAGGUCUGAUCGAUAUGGUGAAGAACCAGGCCAUGGCUGAUGCUCUGGAGCGAUUCGGUGAGAACCGCUUCCGUUCACCUUUUGAGUGGGACAUGGUGGGUAAGAACCUCUUCGCCAUGGCAGUAGAGGGAGUGGUCUUCUUCAUCAUCACUGUCCUCAUCCAGUACCGCUUCUUCUUUAAACCCAAGUCUCUGAGUGCAAAGUUGAGCCCCAUUGGAGAGGAGGAUGAGGAUGUGGCCAGGGAGAGACAGAGGAUUGUUAGUGGAGCGGGACAAGGAGAUAUCCUGGAACUCAGAGAGCUCACCAAGGUGUAUAAGAGGAAACAGAAGCCUGCUGUUGAUCGACUUUGCGUGGGCAUUCCUCCAGGCGAGUGCUUUGGUCUGCUUGGUGUGAAUGGAGCUGGAAAGACGACUACUUUCAAGAUGCUGACAGGAGAUACAGUAGUCACUAGUGGAGAAGCUUUCCUAGCUAGAAAGAGUAUACUCAGGGAAAUAGAUCAGGUUCAUCAGAACAUGGGCUACUGCCCUCAGUUUGAUGCCAUCAAUGACCUGCUGACGGGCAGAGAGCAUCUGGAGUUCUACGCCAUCCUGCGAGGGGUUCCUGAGAGAGAAGUGUGUGAGGUGGCUGAAUGGGGCAUUCGCAAACUGGGCCUGGUAAAAUACUCUGACAAAGCAGCCGGAAGCUACAGUGGGGGCAACAUGCGCAAACUCUCCACUGCCAUGGCACUCAUAGGGGGCCCACCAGUGGUGUUUCUGGACGAGCCCACCACUGGCAUGGACCCCAAGGCACGCCGUGCUCUGUGGAACUGUAUUCACAGUGUCAUCAAAGAGGGUCGCUCUGUGGUGCUCACUUCACACAGCAUGGAGGAGUGUGAAGCCCUGUGCACGAGGAUGGCCAUUAUGGUGAACGGCAGAUUCCGCUGUCUGGGCAGCGUCCAACACCUGAAAAACAGAUUUGGCGAUGGAUACACCAUCAUUCUAAGAGUAGCAGGCCCAGACCCAGACCUGCAGCCUGUGAUGAAGUUUAUCGAGAGUGAGCUGCCCGGCAGCACACUGAAGGAGAAGCACAGGAACAUGCUGCAGUAUCAGCUGCCCUCAUCCGUCUCCUCCCUCGCUCACAUCUUCAGCAUCCUUGCCAAACACAAAGACUUCCUCAGAAUAGAGGACUACUCCGUCUCCCAAACCACACUGGACCAGGUUUUUGUUAACUUUGCCAAGGACCAAAGUGACGAUCACUCUGAUCACUCCAUCCGGCGCAAAGAGGCAGCAGCGGUGGACAUUCCUCUGCUCAGCCUCCUAGCUCCACUAAAGACAGAGGACAACCCCAAGGAGAGCUUCGUUUGACCAAAAGACAUUCCUUACACUAGUAGUGAACUGGAGCCAGUGAAAUUCACCAAUUUCACAUUGCCGUUCUUGUCUUUGUGCUGCAGUCUGCUAAUUAAUUUGCUCAGCCGGCCAGAUAAGGCCUGCAGGAGUUCACUGGUGCAGACACAGUAGCUGAGAAACACAAUGCAAGUCAAUGCAAAAAAGAUAAAGAGUCCACUCGGGAUGUGCUGUGGAGCCUGGAUUGCCAUGCUAAUCCCAGAUGAGAGUGUCAGACUGAAACUUGAACAACUGCCAUAAUUUCUCGUUCUCGUCGGCCUGCGGAAGAAAGAGUGUGUGCAGUUUUUGUAUUUGUAGUUGACGGAUCUGUCGAGUAUGUUGUGUAAUUUUUGAUUGGUGACUUGCGUGUGACAGUAAAAUUCAGGGUCAGUUUCUUUUUAUUUGUACUAGAAAUGACUUAAUGAAGAAUCACAAUCGUUUUGUUUUUGCGUCACCAAGGGCUACACUGCAGAAAAUUUACUGUUCAGUUGAUUCAGUUUUAAUAUGUGCCUUUAUUUAUGAACAAAUCACUGUUUUACAAUUGUUUUGUUUAUUUUUUAAGUCCAGUUGGGCAUUAUUUCGUAAAAUAUUUUUUGCAAACAGUGCCUGACUUUAAACACUGCGAUCUGAGAGAAGCGGGAGAAGUGUUCAUUGUUGAGUUAGAAAAGUACUGUACAGAGAAAAGAACUGGUUUAGUGUUUUAUUUAAGACUGGAGAUAAAUCUCUCCCAGUCACAACACGUAACAUAUACCUCAGCAAAUACAGGAGCCCUGACAUUUCAGCAUUUUGAAGGACAUUCGAUUGGAAGAAGAAUCUCCUUACGUAAGAGCGUGACUUCAGGUGUAACGGUGUUCAUGGAAGGGUUGUGGAAACCAAUAAUCCAGCAGGCUGUAUGACCUCAAAUAAACCUUCAAAGCCAAGCUAAUCCUUUGUAGUACACGGUUAAGUACAGACACAGUGAGAUGUCCACAGAGUCAGGAGCCUAAUCUAUCUGGUGUGUCUUAAAGACAAUCAGUGUUAUAAAUCCAGUGUGUUGUGCUUUAAUCAGCAAAGCACAGCCAUUUUUUUUCUAAACUUUAUUACGCCAUGAUCCGUCAGUAUUCUGGAGCAGAGCUUUUCACUGGUCUCAGAGGGAGGACGCCUGUGGGGUCGGUCCUCUCAGUCCUAGCACUUUACUGGCUGUAUUAAUUGGGAAGUUGUUUAUCCUUUUGCACUGGAUUUUCCACAGUUUAAAGAAAAAAAACAUUCCACAUUGUUUAUUUUGUUUUGUUCUACCUUUUCUUUUUUCAGUGGAUUCAAUUGAAAUACUUGGACCUUAGAGAUAUGCCUUAUUUAAUACCUGUUUACAUUUCAGAUGAAUGGAUGUGGAACAUCUGUUACUCACCCAGUACAUACUUACACAAUAAAAUAUGACAACUUUACAACACAAA